AUGAUAUCACUCUUGACCUUUGCAGAGGGAGCCUACAAGUACGCCUCUCCGGUGGUGCAGGAAUAUAUUCAGUCCACCGUCUUUACACCGCUUGGGUUUGAUGUGUUGUGUACAUCUCUCUUUGCACUUCCACCAUGUACAACGAAUGUGCGGUUUGUUGGGGCGGGAACAGAGACAUUAGCGGCACAGGCAAGUUCUGCCGUAGAGAGACUAGGGGAGUAUCAUUAUAUACAUGCACAAACAUUACAUGCAUGGGGAAUGCCGUAUUGUAUUAGUAUUAUUCCACUAACAGAGGGAAUAAACACAACAAAAGAAAAAGAAGAAAAAGAAAGAGAAGGAGGAGUGUUUAUGGAUAAUGGUAACAAAGAUCUAUCAGUUGUAGUUGUAGUAGAUACUGGAUGUGCGGAGGCUGUAUUGCGGGGAAGUGAUGUGUUUGCCCCUGGUGUGGUGUCUGUGAAUGGUGUAUGUGCUGUAGGGCAACGUGUACAUAUUGCUGUGGAUCUUUCUCAUACUAAAAUAGAAUCACAGAAAGGGAGAGAAUCUCCUAUUGUUAUUGUUGAUAAUAAUAAUAAUAAUAAUAGUGAUAAUAAUAAUAAUAAUAAAGAAGGUAGAGAUGGUGUCAUGUUAGUUUGUGUGGGUUAUGGAACUGCCGUGAUGGAUCGCCGGACAAUGCUUUGCAAACAACAUAAGGGCCUAGCAGUACGGAAUGAAUGGACACCAAUGACACAACCUUCCAAGAGACUUCUCUCAGAACUUCUUCAUGCAGUGGCAGACGAUGCGACGCAAACCAUCACAAGAGGAAUCAUAUCAUCAAUAGAAAAAGAAGAAAAAGAAAAAAAAGAAGAAUGUGAUGAUGAUAGUGGUAUAUUCUUUCUUCAGAAUUAUUCAAGUAUGGUGGCUGUUGAACUUCUCAUGCGGCAGCUACGUGCGUAUGUUAUUUCUAAUGAUAAACCGCUGGCGUUGUUGGAUGCCUGUGCGGCACCAGGUGGAAAAACAAGUCUUUUACUUUCCCUACUGUACGAAACCAUAACUCCUAAACAUUAUUACCCUCUUUCAGGAAAUAGUAAAGAGAGUGUGGAAUCUCCUUCGUUACCGUUUACUGUAGUUUGCUGUGAACGCAGUCCACUACGGUAUAGGCGAUUGAAUGAACUUUUACAACGACACUUUGGGCCAUCUUUUGUAGAAGCCGUUGUGCGGCCAUUUUGUGGAGAUGUUAACAAAUUACAGCAGAUGCAAAGGAAGAGAGAGACUGUGGGGGAAUCUAGUGAAUGUUUCUUUCAUGGUAUUCUCUUAGAUCCACCAUGUACAGGGAUGGGACUACGACCAAAGUUAACCCCACAUACAAUUACAUUACAAGGUAUACGUGAUUCUGCGGAUUAUCAACGUAAAUUGAUAGAUUCAUGUGUAAAGAUGCUUUGCCGUACAAACACUUCUGUCUUGGUGUAUAGUACCUGUAGUAUUACCCUUGAUGAGAAUGAAUCUAAUGUACUUUGGACGCUUCAGAAGUAUCCCUUUAUACGUCUUGCACGUGCUAGAUCAGAGUAUGAUAGAGAACUUUGUUCACUUUCCGCAACGAACUUUGGUGAAGGACGUCGUUUUUUGCUACAAGAUGAGAUAAGAGAAGCGCAACACCGUAAUGAACUUCUUUGUUUAGAAAAUAAUGUAUGUACAGAGUCUGAUGUCUGUGAAGAGGAACCCUUGAUGGUAUUACGAUUUAUGCCAAGAUUAUCGACAGCAGAUGAAGAUGGAGUUGGUUUCUUUGUAGCUGUAUUUCUUUGUCACGGAGAUUAUCGAAUUAGUUGA